AUGGAUUCUCUACCAUCAACCGAUGUGGACUUUUGCUCCUUACUCCCUCAACUAACGCUUCGAGAAAAGAUUACGCUCUUAUCUGGUAGAGACUUCUCUACUAUUGCUGGUGUCCCAAGGCUGGAUAUCCCUCCAAUCAGAGUCGCUGACUCAACUUCUGGAAUUCGACCUUCAGGUAUUGAAGCGAAUCUCACAACUGCUUCAUUCCCAAAUACGACCUGUUAUGGAUCUACAUGGGAUUCUGAACUAUUAUACCGCGUUGGCACUCAUCUUGCGAAACAAGCACGGAUGAAAGGUGCCCAAGUUGUCUUGGGGCCAACCAUCAACAUCCACAGGGAUCCCCGAGCUGGCAGAAACUUCGAGUGUUUCAGCGAGGAUCCGCUGCUUUCUGGGCAACUGGCUGCGGCGCUUGUUAACGGCGUCCAAUCUAUGGGUGUUGGAAGUUGUCCAAAGCAUUUCGUGUGUAACGACUCAGAGACCUUGCGACGAUACUACAAUGUGCAAGAAUCCGUGGAUAGCCGUACGCUUCGAGAGAUCUAUCUUUCGGCAUGGCAGCAUCUACUACGUUCAUCUAAUCCCGAGGGUGUCAUGACUGCAUAUAACAAGGUUGACGGCGAGUUUUGUAGCGAAAACUCAUCCUUGACGCAACGAGUUCUGCGAGAUGAAUGGAACUUCCAAGGCCUUACCAUGUCGGAUUGGUUCGGCACCCAUGCGACAACUGAGCCAGUCAAGGCCGGACUUGACAUCGAGAUGCCCUUUCCUGUUUUCAGAGGAGACAAGCUUCUCGAAGCAGUGAAUUCGGGGCUGGUCACAGAAAGUGAGAUUGACGUUUUGACCUUGAGAGCUCUGGAACUUCGUAAUCGAACCCGAGCUGCUCUUAAGUUCACAGAUGAACGAUCUGAGGUGAGCGAGGAAACAAAUAAGCUCGCUCGGGAAGUUGCAACGAGUGGAAUGGUUCUUCUCAAGAAUGAGAACAAUGCCUUGCCGAUAAAACCAGAGCAAACUUCCCGCAUAGCCGUCAUAGGCGAGUAUGCUGUCGACCCAGUGAUUACCGGAGGUGGCAGUGCAUCAUCUAUUCCUCAGUACAAACACUCCGCCUUGGAUAUCCUGGAGAAGAAACUACCCGGUGUAGUGCAAUACUCUUCGGGUGUGCGAACUCGAAGGAUAAUUCCAGCUGUACCAUCCGAGAAGCUUACAUCACCUGAAGCAAAGCCGGGUGUUGUCAUCAAAUAUUACAAUGCAGAUGACUCCAAGCCAGUGCUCGAAGAGUUCCAGAAAGAACCCAUUGUUUGGAUGCUCGGAGACUUUAACAAGAAAGGACUGAAGCCUAUUGAUUCGCGUCUAGAGAUGGUGACCAAGUUGACGCCAGAAACAUCUGGUAGUCAUACUCUAGCUGUCAGAUGUACAGGCGCAUUCUCAUUAUCAGUCAAUGACCGUCAAGUGCUCUCAGGCGAAGAAGCAAAGAUCACAACCGAGCAAUUCAUCUUCAACCACAUCUUGCUGGAGUCUCGGGUCCAAGUUUCCAUGGAUGCUGGGGUCGCGUACGAUAUCAAGUUGAGCAUGGCUGGACCUCAGAAACUUCAAAUUGGCGAGCCUACUCCAUACGCCGCCACCUUGUGCUUCGAAGAAUAUUGUUCGGAAGAUUCCGCGAUCGCGGAGGCUGUUGAGAUAGCGCGACAUGCGGAAGCGACUAUCAUAUACGCCGGUAGGAAUGAUCAGUAUGAGUCCGAGGGCUUUGAUCUGGAAGAUAUUCGCAUGCCAGAAAACCAGACGAAGCUGAUCAAGGCAGUUGCUGCAGUUGCAAAGAAGACGAUCCUGGUCAUGCACUGCGGAAACCCGAUCGAUGUCAGUGCUUUCGUCGACAGUGUAGACGCUAUUCUUCUUGCUCACUUCCCUGGUCAAGAGGGUGCAGCUGCAACUGUAGAGCUUCUACUGGGUGAUGUUUGCCCCAGCGGACGCCUUGCGACAACGUGGUUCAAGACUUUGCAAGACUGGCCGAGCUAUGAAAACUUUCCUGCCAAGGAGUCAGAGGAUGGCGACCCGUGUCUUCGAUAUGCUGAGGGCGUUGGAAUUGGCUACCGCGCUCCAGGCUCCGAAGACCGAGCCAGAUGGUCAUUCGGCUAUGGCCUGUCCUAUACGUCAUUUAGUCACAGCAACUUGCAUGUUGUUGUGGAUGAGACCUCUGAGCCAAAGACACUCAAAUGCUUUGUGGAUGUCCAGAACACAGGAACCAUUUCUGGAAAAGAAGUUAUCCAUGUUUUUGUCAGACCAUCUGAAGAAACGAAAGCAUGGAGACCGGAACAAGAACUCAAGGGUUUCAGCAAGGUGUUUCUUGAACCAGGUGAGAGCCGACAUAUUGGUGUGGAUAUUGACCUGAAAGUAGCCUGUAGCUACUGGGAUGAUCAAGUGAAGACUUGGAGACUUGACGCUGGUACCUACAGUGUCGUUGUGGCGGGUCAGAUGUCAGAGUUCACGGUUGCCAAGAGCUCGACAUGGAAUACACUCUAG